AUGGGCUCUCCAUGUUGGCCUAUAGAUCGUUUAGUGAUUGCAAGUAACUAUACGUGCCUGACACAAGUGCUUCUAACCAAUAAGGAUUGUGAAGGUGCACCUCAAAGUAGACGCGGAAAUAGUUUUGAGCAUUUUUGUGAGAUUCUUAAAAUUAAAAUCUGCUGGUUUACUAGAAACCACAGAGAAAAUAUGAAACUUGCAUGUUUCUUGGCUCUAUUUGUCCAUUUAAUUGUUGUAUCCGACGCAUCGCAUCGCAACUAUCCAGGAAGUCGAAUUGUGAGAGCUUUCGUUGAUCACAGCAUUGGAACAACAUCCCCUCAUCCAUUCGUAAGACAAAUCUCGGCGCCAUCAAUGGAACGAAAAGGAAUAACACCAAUACCAACAAGAGGCUCUCGAACAUUCUGA